AUGAACGAUGACAUGGCCUUCCCUGCUGCAGUGGGUCCUUAGGAGCGGCCGCCCGCUGUCCACCCGCCGUAGCAGGCGCCGCGACGCCGCCCAGCGCACCAGCACCGGCGGUACAGCCGGCGGCGCCGGAGCGGCUGCAGGGCCUCCCGGAGCUAGCGCCGACGAAGGCGCAUACGUGUCGGGGCAGCCAGGCGCCGAGGCCUUCUGGCCGCCGGCUCCCUCCUCGUCACCACCUGCAGCCGCCGCAGCCCAGCAGCAGCAGCAGCAACAGCAGUACCGCAGACUCGAUCGCGAGCGGUCGAGGGCGGAGGCCGCCGCUGAGGCGCGCGGCCGCGACCGGGGUGUGCUGAGAGAGCCGCUGCUGCCGCGGGCCCCGGCUGCGGAGGAGCGCCGGCACCCACAGGUUCAGCCGUCUCUGCCGCAGCCCGCUGAGGAUUACGUGGACGAGGAAGAGGAAGAGGAGAAGGAGGAGCAGGAGCAGCAGCGGCUGUUGAAGGAGGAGCGGACACACGCAGUGCAGCAGGCUCUUCGACCCGCGGGGCUAGUGCGCCGGGGCGAGCGCGCAGGAGGAGUAGCAGGAGCGGGAGGAGCAGCAGGAGCAGGAGGAGCACGAGCAGGAAGCGGAGGCGGUGUUAGGUUGCACGGCCCCGCUACUGCCUACCCGCCGCCUCCGGCACAGCCCCGGCCGCACACGUCGGCCUCCCGCGGCAUGUCCUUGCCCGCUGGGUGGGCCUGCUGGGGCCGGGGCUGGAGGGAGGGACCGCCAAUGCAGCCGGAACAGCAGCCGGGCGGCGGGGGGCCAGCGGGGCGGUACGGCGGUGGGGGGAGUGCGGCUGAUGCUGCGGCGGUCGCUGAGGCGGCGGGAGCGGGCAUGGUGAAGGGCGGGCUGCCUGGUCCCUCCUGGUGGGACCCGCACCCUGAUCUCGACGAGGACGAGGAGGAGGAGGACCAGGAGGAGGACGUGACUUGGGAGGGCGGGGCAGACCAGCGGCAGCGGCGCGGCGGCAGCGGCGGUCCUGGCGAUUCUACGGAGAGGACCGGACUACGGCGGCGCCGCCAAGCUUCUGGUGGCGGCAGCGGCGGCGGCUGUGGCGGCUGUGUUGGCGGCGGCGGCGGCGGCAGCGGUGGCGGCGGUCGCGAAGGGGCCAAGGGCGGCGGCAAGUGGUCCUCCAAGGUUGCUGCGGCCGCCGCCGCAGCCAGCGCCACCCCCUUCGACCCGCGCAACCCGCGGCGUGUGGUGCACAUCUCGAGGGACGGCAUCCCCUCCAUUGUGCGGGUGGACCGUCACCAGCUGGUAGCGGACAUGGGUAUCGCCUACCGCGACCUCAGGGCCAUCGACCCCGCGCUGCCCAUCCCCACGCCCACCUCGUUGCUCAUCCGGGAGCGGGCGCUGGUCGUGAACCUGGAGACCGUGAGGAUGAUCAUCGGGGCAGACCAGGUGUACGUGCUGAGUGUACAGCACCCCCUGGAGCGGGACGGCCGCCUGCCGGGCGGGUACGGCGGCUCCGGCAUGUACGACGUGGUGUACGGCAGCGGCGGCGGACCAGCCGGCGACCACCAGACCACCAGGGGCUAUCCGCACGGGCGGCAGUACCAGCAGCAGUACGACGAGCGGCAGUACUACGGCGUGCUUUCCAGUGGCAGCGGCGGCGGUUGGUUGGGUGGGCGUGUGGCGGACUGUGUGCUGGGUCGGCCGCUGCACUGCCCGUUCAUUGCCGCGCUGUGCGCCCGCCUCAGCGCCGCCACUGACCCCGUCGUGCUGGCGCAGCACGGGCACGAGCACGGGCACGAGCACGGUGGGAAGGGGCAUCAGCAGAGUGGGAGCGGCGGAGGCGGCGGCGGAGGCGGCGGCGGAGGCGCAGGCGGAGGCGGCGGAGGUGGAGGUAAGCGUUCGCCGGCUGGUACCGGCGCAGGCAGUCAUGGGCAGGCAGCAGGCAAAAACGGUGGCAGCGGCGGCGGUGGCGGUGGCGACGGCGACGGCGGUGGCGGGGCUGUGCUGGCUGCCCAGCACGCCGCCAGCGCGCCGCCGGGCACACACCUGCCUGUGGCAGCUCGCAGCCGCCGCCACAGCCGCCGUCACGGCCGCCGCCACAGCCCAGCAGUCGACACCCAGCGCCCGUCGGCAUUGCCGCCGCCGCCGCCGCCGCAACAGCAGCCGUCGGAGCAGCUGGCUCGCCGCACGCCGCCGCCACGGCACGGCGUGACGGCGCCGGCGGAGCUGCUGACGCCCGCGGCGGCGGCGGCGCCGGCAGGUCCGCAGCAGGAGGAGGAGGCGGCGGCGCCUGACAGUGGAGCCGGGGCGUUUGGCGGCGGUGGAGGCGGUGGCGGGCCGGAGAGCCCCUUCCAGACCCGCAGCACCGCACCCGACCACACCCAGCAGCAGCCGCGGCGCCGCCAGGAGGCGCAAGUCGCGCCCUCGUCACCGCCGCCGCCGCCACAGCUGGCCCCAGCGGCGGAGCCGCCAUCGCAGUCGCACCAGUCUUUGCACCCUCUGGCGCACUCACACCGCUCCGCUCAGCACCGCCAGCCGCAGCAUCAGCAGCAUCAGCAGCAGCAGCAGCAGCAGGCACUCCACGGCCACCUCACCCUGCUGCCCCGCGGCGCACACGACGGCUCCCAGACGGCUUUGCGACUGCCGACCCCCGGCGACAACGGCGUCGGUGGCGUCGGCGGCAGCAGUAGCACCGGCGGCGGCGGCGGCGGCGGCGGGGGCGGCAUCGGGCCCAGCCUAGAGCCGCCGGGCGCUGGCGGUGGGGCUAGCGGCACUGGUGGUGGUGGUGGCGGCACUGGUGGUGGCGGCAGGGGUGGUGGCGGUGGUGGCGGUGGUGGCGGUGGUGGCGGUGGUGGCGGGGGUGGCGGGGGUGGCGGUGGCGGCGGCUACAGCGUUCGCAGCUGGCUGCAGCAGCAGGGCAGUGGGGUGGUCGGCAGUAGCGCCGGCGGCGGCACCCAGCAGUCCAUGCAACUGCAGCCGCCGUCGCUGCCGGCUAGGUACCUGGCGCGGCGGCAGAGCACGCUCACGCAGCGGCGCAGUACGGCGCUGGCGGCGGCGUGGCAGGCGGAGCAGGAGCGCCGCCGGCUGCAGCAAGGGCAGAAGGGAGAAGAGGAGGAGCGUGAGCGGGCGGAGGGGCAGGUCGGAGUGGCAGCGGAGACGGCGGACGCGGCGGCGAAGGCGGAGGCGGAGCAGGAGGCGGAGAUGGGGGCAGUGGCGCCGGAGGCGGCGGCGGCAGGUGCACAGCACGGCUCGAGGCCUGUCGCAAGUGCAGCGAUGCCGACUGCCGGGCGUGUGGGAGGGCCCGGCGGCGACAUCGUGCCGGCGGCGGCGGUUGCGGCGGCGGUUGCGGCGGCAGGGGGCCAGGCAGCAGCAGCAGGCGGCGGCGGCGCUGGAGCUGCGGUGGAGCCAACUACUGCUGCAGUGGCACGACCGACUGCGCCUGCCGGCAGGCCACGUCAGCAGGACGGUGGCGGCGGUGGCGCCACUGCCGCCACUGGCACCGUCAUCUCGCCUAACGCCGGCGGCGGCGGUACCGGCGGCGGCGGCGGCGGCGGUCCACGUGGCUCGCGCCCGCCGGCGGCUCAGCCGCAACGGCCGCCUCCGUCUGCGCCAACCAAUCGCCAACCGCCGCCGUACAGAGCGGUUGACAGCGGUUCGUUGGGUGAUUUGGAGCUGCCGUACGAGCUGAGGGCGCUGGAGGCAGGGCUGGCGGAGGCUGUGAGGCUGCUGGACAUACAGGUGAGGUGGUUGGAGACGCACGUGCCGCGGGCCGCGGACGAGCUGGCUCAGGGCGUGAGCCCCGCCCGCCUGGAGCGAGUGCGGGAGGCCAAACGCGCCAUCGGGGCGGCGGGCGGCCGGGCCCGGCGGCUGGCGGCGGCGCUGGGCGGCGUGUUGGACGACGACGACGACAUGCUGGACAUGUACCUGGGCCGGCGGCUGGCACUGGAGGGCGAGGGAGACCCCUGGCACCUGCCGCCCGAGCUACAGCCGAGACCGCUGCCGCCCGGCAGUAGCACGGACGAGGGGGAGGCGGCGGAGGCGGAGGCGGAGGCGGCAGGCGGAAACGCCGCUGUGCGUGCGGCGGGUGCGGGCGCGGGUGCGGGUGCGGGCGGCGAAGGCGAUGACUCCAAUACUGUUAUGGGUGCGGGCUCGGGCGCUGGCGCUGGCGGUGGUGGCACUGCUGGAGGUGGUGUGGCAGCGGCGGGGCCGGCGGCGGCGGGGCCGGCGGCGGCGAGGGGCAGCGGCAUUGCCGGCGGCAGCGCGGGAUCGCCCACUGGUGCCGCCGCCGCGUCGGGACCCGGCGUUGACGACCAAAGCGGCGACCUGGGUGCCAGCGCGGGUGUCAGUGGCGGCGCUCCUGCUGCCACCACUGGCGGCGGCGGGCGGCGGCCACCGCCGACGUCGUCACCGGUGUUGUGGCGCCGCCAGGCGCUGUCGGGUGUGACGGAGGAGCCGAUAGAGCGAAUGACCAGCAGCAGCGGCGGCGGUGGCGGCGGCGACGGCGGCGGCGGCGGCAGCGAUGAUGGUAGCGUGGCUGGGGAUAUCGAAGCGCCGCCGCCGCCGCCGCCUGCACUGGCAUCAUCGUCGGCGCCAGCGUCGGCGCCAGCGGCUCUGAUGACUCCGUUUGGUACUUCCCGUGUCCAGCUGGCGGCGGGAGCGCCGCCACUGCCGCGGCCAUCAAUGCCGCGGCUGCCGUCGCCAUCGCCGCCGCCCGCUCUGCAGUCCGCCCGCGACAGGGGCAGCGCGAGGGUGGCGGCAGGCGGCGUGGGCGCCGGUGGGGGCGUGAGCCGCGGACCCAGGGGCGGAGGUGGCGGGGAUGGGGAUGACGACGCGGGGUGGUGGCACGUGCCCGCCGCUGGCAGUGCUGGCGGCGGUGUGCGGAGCAGCAGCAGCACGGGCGCCGCCGUGAGUGGAGGUGGCGGCAGUAGCAGCAGCGGGGUUGGCGGGGCCGUGGGAAGGGCUGUAGCACCGCCACGGGCUCGGCGCCCGCCGACUCCGCCGCCGCCGGUGCGGGUGGUGGAUGUGGAUGUGGAGAGGGAGUGGGCGGCGCGCACGACGUCGGCGGAGGCGUCGUCUGCGCUGGCGGAGGCGUCAGCCGCCCUGGCGGCGGCGGCGGACAGGAAGGCGAGUGCAGAGCGCCGGCGGCAGCGGUCCGGGCGCCGACGGGGUGAAGCGGAGCGGCGUGCAGGCGGCGGCGGCGGCUUGCGGAGUCACGGCAGUAGCAGCAAUGGCAGCAGCAGCGGCAGUAGCAGCAGCAGCAGCAGCAGCAGCAGCAGCAGCAGCGGCCGCAGUGGCAGUAGCACGGGCGGCGGCAGUAGCAGCAGCCCCUGCAGCAUCAGCAGCGUUGCCACGACCGAGUGGGCCCUGAGUCAGGGGGCGGCUGCGGCUGCUACUGCUGCCGGUGCAUCGCAGCCGCCGCCGCCGCACGGCUACAACCUGCCCUGGGACCUGGCGGCUGGCGCAGCUGCUACAGCCGGUCGUGCCGACCCACACGAUGUGGAGGACUGUGAGAACCUGCUGGAGUUCUACUACGUGCAGGCCGAGGCGCUGCUGGGCCGGCUGGAGGCGCUGAGCGAGCGUAUUGACGACACCGAGGACCUGGUCAACAUAGACCUGGACAACAGGCGCAACCAGAUUGUGGGCGUCGACCUGGUGGUCACAUCCAUCAGCCUCAUGUUCACCUUCAUCACCAGCGUGGCGGGCAUAUUCGGAAUGAACAUGAGAAACACGCUGGAGGACAGCCAUACCGCCUUCCUGGUCACCACCGUGGCCUCCACGCUGGUGGGUCUGGCCCUGUGCGGCGCCUUCCUGGCCUUCGUGGCCUCACGACGACUGCUGCUGCUGGGGCCAGGAGGCGGAGCCGGAGCCGGCGGCGGAGGCUGGAUGGGCGGAGGCGGAGGUACCGGAGGCUGGAUGGGCGGCGGCGGAGGCGGAGGCGGCGGAGGCGGUGGUGGAAGCUGGUAGUGGGGUGCGUGUGUGGGUGGUGCGUGUGCGUGCUGGCGGCUGGCGCGUAGGUGCUGGCGGGCAGGUGGAUGCAGGGGUGCAUGUGAAACUAGAGAGCAGUGGCAUUGGACGUUGCUUGGCACGCAGCAGCAAUCCAGGAUGUGUGUGCAGUUGUGGUUGUGUGUCGGGGCCUUGGGGGCAACGCCGUGCGCGCGCGCGUGAGAGAGAUGGCGGGAGCCAAGCUAAGCGCAAGCCAAGCGCAGAAGCGCGCACGCAUGAUGUAAGCACACAAAAGC